AUGGCAGCCACGCCACUGACUGAGCUGGAGGAGGCUAUUGAUACAGUGGUCACAACUUUCUUCACCUUUGCAAAGCCAGAGGGCAAGAAGGGCAGCCUCAGUAUCGAUGAGUUUAAGGAAUUGGUCACCCAGCAGUUGCCUCAUCUAUUUAAGGAUAUGGGCUCCUUAGAUGAGAAGAUGAGGAGCUUGGAUGUGAAUCAAGAUUCAGAGUUCAAGUUCAAUGAGUAUUGGAGGCUGAUUGGGGAGCUGGCAAAGGAGAUCAGGAUGGAGAAGUCCCAGGGGAUCCGGAAGAAGUAA